GCUGGCGGGCCGCUCGCUGACGGGAGCGGUCCGUGCUGACGGGAGACGUGGCCAUGGGGCGCCUCGUAGGGCUUUCUCUCUUCGCAGCCGCUGCCGUCCUCCUUCUCCUGCUCCGCGGCGCCGUCGCAGCCUCCCUGCGGAGCGGCUCGGCGGAGCGUAACGACAGACCCAUUAUCGGGGUAUUGUCACAGGAAUGGCGCUUCGAAAAGUUCUACAAAUUUGGAAGUUCUUAUAUUGCAGCUUCGUACGUGAAGUUUUUGGAAUCCGCCGGUGCCCGAGUUGUGCCAAUAAGAUUAAAUCUUACAGAUGAAGUGUAUGAUAAAAUAUUCCACUCUAUUAAUGGGUAA